AAAGAUUUAUUGGAGAAGUUCUGGUGCGUUGGAAUCGCUUUUGAUACGCUCGACUUGAUGCUAAACAUAAUGUUAGCACGCAUAAAACCACACAAAUGGCACCUAAUUUCUUCUCAAAACUUGUUCGGAAUCCCAGCGGACACUCUCGAGACCGGUCAGAUCCAAGUAGCAGGACUAGAAGUUCAAGUCCUAUACCCGCUCUUCCGACCUCACGCUCUCGAGCGUUUUCAUCUACAUUCAGCACAGGAAAUUCCGCAGCAUCUUCGACAUCUACCUCACCUUCUCCAUCUGACUUUGACAAGUUGCCUGUCCAACCACACAGUCAAGUACCGAGCAUCAAGAAAGAGUUAUUGCAUGGACAUGAUAAUGCCUCGGACAGCAGUAGCCUGUUUAAUCACAAAUUCACAAUCGUACCUCCGUCACCGGCAACAAACACAUUAGGCUUGGAGGUUGACGGCCUUCCAAAUGGAGAGGAUAAUGACCGUAUAUCGGUUGUAGAAGGACUACCGGCAUCGGUUUCGGCGCCAAGUUUGAAUUCCUCUGUUCGCAUGAAUCCGGCAUCUUCCACGGACCGACCGUCAUCAUCAAAAUCAAAAUUAACGAAGUCUCGUCCCACCACACCUUCCUCUUCCACGCAUAGCUUACCUGAAGCUUCCCCAGCUGCUUCAGUUUUAAACUCACCAAUACCACCUGUGCCGUCGCUGCCGGCCGAGAGUCAGCCUCAAAGACAGGAAAACAGUGAGCAGACCACUGGUGGUUUGUUGCCGUCGCCAGAGCUGCAGGUUCGAAAAAUGAGUUCAAACAGGUCGUUGAACGGGAAUUUGAAUGUCUCCACGAAUCGAGCGAGUCCUCCUUCUCAUUCUCGCGCAGGGAAUGCAUCUGCACCUUUUUACCAUGAAGUCGACGACAUGACGCCUAUAGUCGAAUCACCCACUUCAGAAUACCCUUCGCCGUCGGACGAAGUCCCGGCUUCUACUGCGCUUGUAUCAAAAUCUCAGCCCCACUUGACCAGCGGACUCUUGUCUUCUCCUAGGCGUGAUGCAGAUGCCGCAUCAAUCAGAUCCACCAAUACUAACGCGUCACCGCCGAACUCAUCUUCGUCUAAGAAGAAGGAGGCUUCGAAGCCUUGGCGUCGCCAACCUACGUCUAAACCCACUGGUCUUGCGAGUGCCAUUGCAGCAUCUGGUCUUGCCAUGGCUAAUCCAGCUUUCAGUGCCCAACAGCAGCUACAAUUCUCACCUCCAGCUCUGCAACCUAUAAGUCGGACUGGGACCUCAGCUUCGAAUAGGAAAUCCUCCAUAGGUGACGGUGCGCCGUACAUGCUUCGGACAGGCUCAACGUCUGCCGGUGCUUCAUCGUCAACCCAAUUUUCUCCUCCACGUUCACAUAGAUCCUCCAAAUCUCGUCGGUCUUCCAUCGGUUCUGGCUCAGCAGGCAAACGCCGUCGUCAUCGUCCCAGUCUCUCCAUGCAGAGUGAUAAUGGAGCAAACUCUAACGCGGACAACAACACCGAGUAUAUUCAAGAUCCUGCAAAUCUGGAUUAUUAUUCCGGGUUAGAGUCUGACGACAGUAAUGACUCGGGCAUGGAUUCCAGCGAUGAGGAUGAUUUGGUCAGUGCGAUCGACGUUCAUGAUAUGCCCGUCACUGGAUUUGCGGUUGCGAGCUCGAGGAGGAACGCAGAUUUUCAUGAAAUGUUCAGGAAUAUCCCGGAGGGAGACUAUUUGAUCGAGGAUUACGGAUGUGCCCUUCAGCGGGAAAUUCUCAUCCAAGGCCGGUUGUAUAUUUCAGAGAAUCAUAUAUGUUUUCACGCGAAUAUCCUUGGCUGGAUUACGGAUCUCUCAAUCCCCAUCGAUGAAAUAAUUUCUCUCGAAAAAAAGAUGACUGCUUUUGUCAUUCCCAAUGCCAUCCUCAUCACUACCCGACAAUCUAAAUAUACAUUUGCUUCUUUCCUUUCCCGUGACACCACUUACGACGUGAUUUAUAAUAUCUGGCGUCUAGUUCGUCCCGGCACCCUUUCGGACAACGCAUCUAUUGGCUCUGGGUCCCGCGAGGGAGGCAUUAUUGAAGGCACUAUCAUUGGAGGGAACGUAGAUGGUAGUGGAAAUUCCCCUGGCGCAAUGGUUCCUGGUGGUAUUACGCAGAACAAGGUUACGUUCUGCAAAUGUGGGAAGGAGGGUAAACAUUUCUCGGAGUUGGCGAUGGAUACCGUUAUCCCUGGAACUCCGGACAAAAUUCAUAAUCUGAUGUUCACGAGUGGGUUCCUCAAAGAUUUUCUGGUUACGAACCAGAAGUUGAUUGACCUUCAGAUGUCCGAUUGGACCCCUGGUGACGACAACCUCCUCUCUCGAACAAUGUCCUACAUCAAACCACUCACAGGCUCCGUUGGUCCCAAACAAACCAAAUGUGAAAUCCGCGACGAGGUCGAGUACUGUGACUUCUCACCCUCGAACGCAAAUGCAUAUUCCUCCACCUUAACAACUACCCGAACACCCGAUGUUCCUUCCGGCGGAGCGUUCAGUGUCAAAACGCGAACUUGCAUCACUUAUGCUAGUGCAAUAAGCUCCAGGGUCGUGGUGACGACGCAGGUCGAGUGGACUGGGAGGAGUUUUAUCAAAGGAUUAAUAGAGAGAGGUGCUAUUGAUGGCCAGAAGACAUACCAUCUUGAUUUGGAGAAGGCGAUGAGAGCUUAUAUUCAGGAGCAUCAGACAGAGUUCGUGCCAGAGGGCGUGAAGCUGGAUGUUGUCGUUGCUCCGCCUACGACUGCAGCAUCAUCGAACGGUUCCGCUUCCGUGAUUGAGGCGAACGCUGACAGUGCUUCUGCUGCGGGUGGAAAGCCUAGCUCAAGAGGUCUACAAUGGGCUUGGGAGACGAUAGAGGGUACUUGGGGUGUGGCCAAACAGAGCACGAAGGGUGCACUCGAGAUUCUUGGCGACAUGAUACCUCCGCCAUCCACUCUCUCAAGUACCUCUAUUCUGUACCUCAUUAUUUUCUCACUAGUGGUGAGCAACAUCUGGACGUGGAUGAGAGUUCCAAAAACUGGCACGUUUGAUCACCGUAGUGUUGGAGGGAAGCCUUCGGAGAUGCUCAUGAAGGUUGAAGGCGAGGAGAGGGAGAGGAUCUUAAAAGAGGAGAGGGAAGAUCGGGAAAGAUGGAUACAUGGCGUUGUCACAGCACUUUGGAGUGAGCUUGCGGCUGGAAAAGUACCUAAUCAGCAGUCGCAGCAGCAACAGACGCGAAACCCGAUGAGUCCGACACCACUUCAAUCAUUCGACGAUGCUCUUAGUGAUGUCUUCGCUCUAUACAAAACACUGGACCAGGCUGAGAUGAAGGUGAAUACAAUCAGGGACGCUUUGGGGACGUUGCAGGCUCAAUUGGGAGCAACGAAGAACGAGGAGGAGAAUAAAGGUAAAGAAAAUUUGAACAGUUUGGAUUAGCUGACGAGGGUUUAUGUGCUCUGCUUUUUUAUAUUUCAACGGAAUCGGUUCAUUAUAAUAAUAUCUUUACUUUGGAAUAGCAUCAUGUACGUAUAUUCCCUACUCAGUGUGACGUUUCUUGCGCUCGCGCAUUUCCACU